AUGAUGUUUGCAAAGCGAGCCGAGCUUCUGCUGAAGCUCAAGAAGCCGUGCGCCUGCAUAGCAGACUGCAACGCAGCGCUCAAGAUCAAUCCGGACAGCGGGAAAGCUUAUCGUGUCAGGGGCAAGGCGCACAGACUCCUCGGCCACUGGGAGCAGGCGCAUCAAGAUCUUGCAGAGAGCCAGAAGCUCGACUUCGAUGAUGACACUGCGGAGUUACAAAAACUUGUGGACUCCAAGUACAAGAAAAUUGCAGAGCGCAAGAACCAAGAGAGGCUGCGGUCAGAGCAGCGCAAAGAGAAGGAGAGAAGACGAAGGAAAGAGGAGGCGCAGCGUGCCUACGAAGAGGCAAAGAAGCAACCUUCGCCUGGAGCAGGCUAUGGAGGAUUCCCUGGAGGAGGCUUUCCGGGUGGUUUCCCUGGCAUGCCCGGUGGCAUGCCGGGUGGUAUGCCUGGCAUGCCAGGUAUAGACUCGAGCAUGCUGAGUGGCAUCAUGAGUGAUCCAGAGCUCAUGCAGGCUUUCUCCGAUCCGAAAAUGGCGGCGGCGAUGCAGGACAUCAUGAGCAAUCCUGGAAAUAUCGCGAAGUACCAGAAUGAUCCUGACGUCAUGAACCUCAUCAACAAGGUGAUGGGAGCUUUUUCCAAAUUCGGUGGUGGCAUGCCCGGUGGCAUGCCUGGUGGCAUGCCUGGUGGGUUUGGCGCCGCUGGAGGAGGCAGUGGCUCGGCAGGGGCAUCCGCAGGACCAACCGUGGAGGAGGUUCCAGAGGCCACGAACGUUGAUGAAGUCGACUGA